AUGUUCAAACCGUUCAAUGUAUACUACACGUCAACAAGAAAUCGAUGGGAGUGGGCGGAAGGGGAGGAUUCUGUGACGCUCAACACCGUCCGACAAACUUGUGACACGAAUAUGCAAUCGCAACCACCUUCCGCUGAAUCCGCGAGCCCAGCGACUGGCCCGAAUCUUAACCAAAUCCAUCAAGAGCUUCACAUUUUUCCGCCAGAGCUCUACAUUCCGACACCACAGUGCUUCUGGCCUCAAACUUCUUCCUCUUCAUCUUCGACGAUGCCGCACAAUGUCCCAUUGGCGCAUCUCAUGGGACAACCUCACGUGGUGCAGCGCAUCGUUACCAUCAACACAAUGAUGAUUCCCAAACCGUGGGCACACUUGUGGGAUCCGUUUGGUGCACAAACCGCGCAGGUCGGAACAACGAUGGACGGCGACAAGACGGAAGUCGAAAUCGAGGUCAGUGGAAAUUCUGCCGAGACCGAGUUGAAGCUCGUCGGCAAUGCCGAUGAGCCAAAACACGAAGUCGAGGCCAGCAACACUGCGGCCGAUUCGAACCAAUGA